AUACUUAAUUUAACUUGAAAACUGCUAAGGCAACAUCGCCAUUCAAAGUGUCUUUAACUCGUAGUUGCUGUUUUUGCAAUUAAAAAAUAAAAGGCACAAGUUUUCGACUUGAUUUCUCUCCGUUGCGCUUGGAGCUCAUUCUGCGUUAGCCCGUAAGACAAAGUUCUCAUGGAUCGCAGUUUGGACUCCAUUGGCAGCUGUUCACUUGAUGUAGACGCGGACUCGUCUGACAUAUCAGAUACCAGUGGUAGCCUAAAUUUUCCUACGCCGAUCUCUGUAAGGGACAUCACCCGCGACUUUACUAACAAUCUAAAGGAGCGCUGCACUCUGCGGUCGCCACAGCAACCGCAACAUACAUAUUCAGCUCUUCGGGAUCCUAGGGCAGGCGUGGUGCGUAUGGUGCUGUCUCCAGCAACGGUAGAAUCCGGCCGUGGUUCAAAUGCCGCAAGCGUUGAUGUGGCCCCUGUGUGUGCCAACAACUCGCUUGAAGCCGUUACCGUGUCUGAUGAGAAAAAACCCAGUUAUCUCAACCUGGCGUGUUCUGUUAAUGGUUACUCAAACCUUACCACCUACGACUCGAAGAUCCGUCAGGAUAUUAACAAAUCGCGAGAGGUUUCACCGAUCCGCCCAUCUACCAGUAGUUUACAAUAUUGCAAACGGAAUACCUCUCUAGCGGCCCCAAUUUUGCACAGCAUGCCGCUCAUAAAACUACCGUCUCCGACUAGCCAAUGUUCUGCAAGUGACAGCAACAAGAAUAGCAACGGAAACGGUUUGGAGAAUGGAGCUAGUGCUGGACAACCCAAUGGUAAUGAAAGGGCACACCAUGAAUCCCCCAAAAGUUUCAUAAAACAGCGAGUUGAACGACUUUACGGGCCAGGGGCAUUGGCUCAAGGAUUUUAUAGCCCAAAAAAAUCCUGCCCCUCUUCGUCACAGUCUACAAUGCGAAUAGCUAAUCAAAAGUUCGAAAAUGAGUCUGUGCAGGAUUCUGAACUUGCUCUAAAAUUUAAGCAACUUUCCCCCAGCAAGGAUUAUGGAGAGUUCAGAAGAAAACUUCAGAACAAUUGCACGCAGUCUGGCACAGCUCGAUCGACCGAAUCGUCUGGUUCUUGUGGACAAAAUGUCGAUGUGGAAUUGCCCGUAUUUAGGCAUCUAAGUUACGAGUUUAGAGCUCAGUUGCCAACUGUGUCGCCCAAAAGAACAACUCCUCGCUCCAUCUCUGCUCUUAAGUUGCAGCCUGCAACUAAUGAAUCUCCAGACAUUUCUACACAGGUGGAUGUGGUGGAUCACGAACCCUUAAAACCAGUGCAAAUGAUUUCCGAGGAAUAUGAUAGCACAACCAAAAUUAUCCUUCCAACUUCCGGCAAGGACGGGAAUUACUUUCUUAAAAUACUCAAGGAUGAGCAAGCUCGCCUGUUAGCGCUGGCCGCCCUCGCAGACAAAUACUCGGAUGCUUUGGUUAAUAAUCCCGAUAUAUCAGAGGACACAUUCGGACUUCUCCGAUCUGCGUCUGGAAAGGCCCGUCUUUUAGUAUCACAGAAAAUGAAGCAGUUUGAGGGGCUUUGUCACAAUAACCUAAAUCGCUCGCCCGAGGACGAAUUUCCCACGACAGCGGACGACCUACAGGGCUUUUGGGACAUGGUUUAUUUACAAGUCACUCAUGUGGAUAAUAUAUUUUCCGAUAUUGAGCACCUAAAAGCUAAUGAUUGGAAGCGUAAUAUUGAUUUGCAAAAGGAGGAAACCUCAAUAAAAACGAUAAAAUCCGCAAAAACAGGAGCUUUAAAAGCAAAAACUGCUGGAACGAGUAUUACUCAACCCGGAUCAAAAUUGGCACCAGCGAACUCGGCAGCAGCAUUAAAGCGCGAGGCUCAAAGAAAGCAGCUGCUGGAAAUGAAACGUCAGCGCCGAGAGGCAAUGGCCGCGGCGGCCAAAUUAACUGAAACCGUUUCUGAUGGCGCAAUUGAACUUUCAGAUACAAUAGGUGAUAGUUCUCUAAACAUCAAGAACAUCAGCUAAAUAAUGCUCAUUGGGAAAAGAAAGCGUGCUCUCUAGAUGUAAAUGUAUGUUAUUUGAACUCGCAAGCAUAAACCACAGAUAAAUAACCUUAAAUUUAAAAAAAAAAGCUUAGAAAUUCUUAGUUGAAUUAAAUAUUAACUAGUCCCAAAUAAAAUGCACAUGGUGGAGCUUCAUAAUCUAACUUCAUGCUUUACAAAUUUAAAUGAGUCACAAAUUUUGAAGAACUCCGGCUGAAAAAUAUAUUGAUGCAUAGGAUAUUUGUCAUUAAUAUGUCAAAAUGUUCAUUAACGUUGCCUUAUCUGCGACAAAUUUACCGUUGCCAGUUAAAUAAUUAAAAAUUGGUGCACUCUAACUGGAAAUUUUUUUUAAUUUUUGUGAUCGAAUUUAUAAAAGACAUUUAUCCUUGUGUAAUAAUAUUUAAGGUUAACAAAAAAUUCAAAUCAAUAUUUUAAUAUCUUUUUAUACUCAUUUUUUUAAAUAACGAAUAUAAAUUUACAAGGAAAUAUACAAUUGUCUCAUGUAGUUACUGCAUUGAGGUGAAAAAUAAUAUUGUUGAAUCUACAUCGGAAAUGAACAAGUCAUACUCAUUAAAUGUGUAACGUUUUCUAAUAAAAUUUUAAUCACUUGA